CACUCGAGCUAGCAGUACAGAACGUUUGAUUCUUACAUUAAGUAGUAUACAAACAUACAAGAUAAAACGAAAAACUGCAACUCACUCUCUUUCUUUUCCGCAUUUGGACCCAUUGAAUACAACUUAAAACACCAUGGCAAACAUGAAAAUCGACAAAGUUGUCAACAUUUACAAAUCAAUCACGCGCUUCCCAUCGCCAAUUGCUGCUGAAAUUUUCAAAACGGAUCAAAAUGGAUUCAGUGUUCUUACUAAAUGGUCCCAAAACAACUACGAAACAAGCAAGAAAAUUGUUACCCAGCAGAACUUCUACAUCGGACUUACACCUGUCUUCAACAUCAUUUCACAACCUACAUUUGAGACAACUGAACUUCUGAGUUCGCUUUCUUUGUGCGGAUCCCUGAAAGCCGUUAUUAAAGAAGGAGUGCUUGCCUCUUCGAGUUCAACUACGAAGCAGCAGUUUCUGGAAAUCUGGAAUGAAAGUCUUUUGAUCCUCAACUGCAAUUUGUCCAGUCUUGAUGUACACGGCAGUGUAUGCAAUGAAGCUGAUUUCUCCUCUCUUGUCUGGUCUCCAUCAGGAGACAAGAUUGCUUACAUUGCUGAGCAAAAAGUGCCCAAGUCUGAUCCUUUCUUGCCGCAUAAAAAUAAAUCUGAAAACAGUGACAAAGACGGUAAGAAGACGGAACAGGGCCAAGGGAGCUUAUACCGUCCAGACUGGGGUGAGCAAAAGGUUGGCGUGCAUCAGCCUGUGGUUGUGGUCUGCGAAGUGCACUCUGAAGCCACCCCUUAUGUACUGGAAGGAAUCCCUGAAGGUCUCUCGCCUGGCCAGCUUUGCUGGCGUGAAGAUGGCUCAUCUCUGUUUGGGGUUGCAUGGAAAAGCGAGCCUCGCAGACUGGGCCUUGUUUACUGCACCAACCGCGCAGGAUUCAUUUUUGAACUUGGACUGGACGGAACAUACAGAACUUUAACAGGAGGGAACUCUGCAGUUCGGUCUCCUAAAUGUAGUCCUGAUGGCAAGAGGUUGGUGUGGCUUGAGAGGAGUGUUGGUGGGCCGCACCACAGUGGCAUGAAACUUAUGACCUGUGCUCUGGGAUUGGAACCAGCAGAGGCCUAUGCUGUAGUUGACCUAGUGCCAGAGAGUGUACAGAUGGCUUCUAAGCUGCCGUUCUAUGGGCUCUAUUGUUCAGGAAUUUUGAAGAACUGUUGGCUCAAUGGAGGAAAGAAAAUAAUUCUCAACAACUGCCACAAGGAGCGAUUGGCGCCUUUUGUUGUGGAUUUAGAAUCACGUACUGUGGACUAUUUGGAUCCUGCGCAGCCCAAUGAGAUUAGCCGCUCUGUAUUGGCCAUCAAGGAUGACAUCAUUGUUUAUGUGGAGAGCAGCAUGACUGCUCCCAGCAAUUUGUUCUUUGCCAAAUUAAACCCUGAUGGAAGGAUGAAGGGGACCAAGCAGAUCAGCAAAAUCCCCGCUCCUGUGGAACUGCAGGGCUUUGUUUACAAGUGCCUAGACAUGGAAGCUCCAGGUGGAAAGCCAGGAAGCAAGUUCAAUGCAAUUUAUUUUGGGCCAAAAUCUACCGACACCAAAGUCCCCUUGAUUGUUUGGCCCCAUGGAGGACCGCACGCAAUGUUCAGCAAUGGCUUUUUGGAUGUUGCUGCAUUUUUUGCUCAGCUUGGGUUUGGCUGUCUCCUGGUCAAUUAUCGAGGAUCAGUCGGCUAUGGAGAAAACAGCGUUUACUCCCUUGUUGGAGGUGUAGGCGACCAUGAUGUAAAAGACAUGGACCAAGCAGUGGAGCAAGCCUUGAAAGAGAUUCCGCAAUUAGACCCAAGUCGCCUAGUUCUCUUUGGAGGCUCUCAUGGCGGCUUCCUUGUCACUCACCUCAGUGGACAAUACCCAGACAAGUACAAGGCAGUGGUGGCCAGAAACCCAGUGAUAGACAUCACAACCAUGCUAGGCACAUCUGACAUUCCUGAUUGCGACAGGUGCACUGCUGUGUGCGGAAUUGAAUUUGACAAAAUCACCCCUCAGCAGACUGAUCUUUUAGUCAAACUGAGGCAAAUGUCUCCUAUUUGGCAUGCGCACAAAGUCAAAUGCCCUACGCUUCUGAUGGUCGGAAGUUGUGAUUUGAGGGUGCCGCCAAGCCAAUCAAGCAUCUAUUAUUAUCAGCUCAAGUCUCAAGGAACUGAAGUGCACAUCCACAUGUAUGAUGAUAAUCACCCUUUGGGGAAAGUGCCUAAUGACGUGGACAACAUAAUUAAUUCCGCCCUGUGGUUCCUGAAGCACACCGAGAAAUAGUUAAAAACGCUACAUUAUUCUUGCAUUCUGGUUUGCUUAAUAAAUUGAUGUAAGAAAG